UCCUCUCCUUUUUCUCUCCUCGGCGCCUUCCUUCCCUUCCUUCCGCCGGACUUUCAGUCUCUCAACUCCGGCGAGGCUGGAGGGAGCGGGAGCGGGGAGGAAGCCAGCCCGGCUCCUCUCCGCGGCAGAGGAAGAGCAAGAGCAGGACGAGGAAGAGGAAGAGGAGGAAGCAGAGGGGAGAGACUCCAAGAGGAUGUGGCUCCUUGCCGUGGCCACAACUUUCUGGGGAUUGUGCCUGCCGCCAGGGUUUGCUUUGCAAAUACAGUGUUAUCAGUGUGAGGAAUUUCAGCUGAAUAAUGACUGCUCGUCCCCAGAGUUUAUAGUGAAUUGCACCGUGAAUGUCCAAGACAUGUGUCAGAAGGAAGUAAUGGAGCAAAGUUCAGGGAUCCUGUAUCGCAAGUCCUGCGCAUCCUCUGCAGCUUGCCUCAUGACCUCUGCCGGAUACCAGACUUUCUGUACUCCAGGGAAAAUAAACUCUGUUUGUAUAAGCUGCUGCAAUACUCCACUCUGCAAUGGGCCGAGGCCAAAGAAGAGGGGAAACUCUGGCACCAUGCCCAGGGCUGGUGUCUUAACAACCGUGCUGCUCUCCGGCUUGGCAUUUCUAUCACCGGUACACUGCUAAACCCUAAUGGAAGAGUCCGUUGGUCACAUCAUUUGUCCUGUGUUAUUUCCUCCAAAGACACAGCUGGUUUCCAUUGUGAUGUUGCUGUUUGUAUCCAGAUGCAGAAAGAAGAGAUACAUUUUGGAGAGAGAGAAAAAUAUCAGCAACUUUCUUAGCGAAGGAAUAUAUAUAUAGUUGUCUGAAUUUCCAGUAUGCACUUUAAAAAACAAAACAAAAAUCAACACUCUUUCAUGUAGAUCCCAUAUCCAUUCAUGUUACUGGAAACAAGCAUUUAAACUAGGAGGCUACAACCUGCAGGCUGUAACCCCUUGGCUUGUUUGUUUUUAAUUUUCCAUUUUUUCGCAUAUGGUGUACCAUCUG